AUGACGCGGGUGUUCCUCGUCGUCACAACGAGCAGUCGAGUAUCAAGUCAAGUGAGCCGCCGGAACACUUUCUUGGCGGCUUUCUGCUCGAGGAAUAACUGUGGUAUGGAAGAGCGCGUGAUACGCAUUCCUUGGGACAUUGAUCGGAAAACCGGCUCUGCUCGGGCCGCGAAACUCACCUCAACGUCAGAAAUGCCUUCUUCUUUUUCUCUCAUCACGGCACGUUGUCAGGUCUCAAGUUGGCGCGUGUAUGCUUGAG